CACACAGUGCCCGAGCUGGCACCGCCUCUGUGCCGAGCCCUGUGGAGCCGCCUGCCUCAGUGUCCCUUGUCCCUCGCAGAGCUGCCGCCCUCCGAGUUCAUGCAGGUGGCAGAUUCCACGUGGCUGGUGCUCAGCGUCGUCUCCAACGGGCGGGAGGCCCCCGGCUGCCAGGCCACCGGUGUCACCAAGAUCGCGCGCUCCGUCAUCGCGCCGCUGGCCGAGCACCACGUCUCGGUGCUGAUGCUCUCCACGUACCAGACCGACUUCAUCCUGGUGCGGGAGCGGGACCUGCCCGUGGUGAUCCACACGCUGGCCGGGGAGUUCGACAUCUACAGGGAGGAGAGUGGCGAGUGUGUCCCUGUCACCUGCGAUGACGUGAGCAAUGGCUUCCUCAAGCCCAAGCCACCCGCCAGCCCCACGCUGCACCCGGUGCAGAGCCCCCAGACCCGCUUCUGUGUCCUGACGGUGGCCCCCGACACGCUGCCCGCCAUCGCCACCAUGCUCAUCGAUGUCCUCUUCUACUCCCACAGCAGCCCCCCAUGGGAUGCAGCCACCAGCAGCCAGGACCUCGACUCCAUCACCUUCUUCUCCUUCUCCCUCAUCGAGGGCUACAUCUCCAUCGUGAUGGAUGCCGAGACCCAGAAGCGCUUCCCCAGUGACCUCCUGCUGACCAGCUCGACGGGGGAGCUGUGGCGGAUGGUGCGGAUUGGGGGACAGCCCCUUGGCUUCGACGAGUGUGGCAUCGUGGCGCAGAUCGCGGAGCCGCUGGCGGCCGCUGACAUCUCGGCCUAUUACAUCAGCACCUUCAACUUUGAUCAUGCCUUGGUCCCCGAGGAGGGCAUUGCUGAGGUCAUCCAGCUGCUGCAGCAGCGGCAGGAGAGUGGCAGAUAGCGGCUGGCUGUCCCCACGCUGACUGUCCCAGCGUGGUGUCUCCUCCUCCCCACCCCUGUUCAUUCAGUUUUCAUUUGAAUGAUCCCCCAGCACAGGACAGAGCACAGCAUCGCUCCCUCUGUGCUGGGGAUGGGGUGGCUUUGGGGACAUGGUGGCCUUGUGGCAGUGGGCACUGGCCCACAGAAGUGGGGUCAGUCCCUGUGUGCCAUCCUGUCCCUCUCGCCUGGCCUGUGCAGGGUGAGUGGCAGGGUGGGUGUGUCCAGGUGGAGGGGACACAGGGUGGAGGGACAAAGAGCAGUGAUGUGCCACCAUGGUGCUAUAGGGGACAGCCUGGGGCUGAUGGGAUGUGUCCCCUUCAGAAGGGAGGGGUGGCCACGAGGCUCAGGGUCACCCCUGGACCAGCCCCAUGGAGGGGAGAGCAUUCCUGGAGCUGGGGUUACCCCUGGCACCCCAAAAAUCUCCAAGGGGGCAGUGGGGCUCUGGUUCAGCACCAGCACUGGCUGUUACCUGUCAUGGAGGGGUGACGGUGACACCCAGCCCCUCACAAGUUGUAUUUUCACAGUUUUUGAUAA